AUGUCGAGAUGUCUGCGGAUAUUUGGGGCCUACUCCUUCAGGUUGACAAGAAGACACUCGACUAUAUUGAUGAUAGCUUCCUUCCUAGUUGCGUUAACCAUGGUGCUGCAGUUGUAUGCACACAGACACCACGACCAAUCGCAAUCAAACCUAAGAAUGAACGCUGUCUAUAAACCUGGUGGAUUUCUAAAAAAUAAACGGCCCGAAAAUAUAAGUUACUGUUAUUUUAACUAUGGCCUACCCGAAAGGCUACGUUUCGAGAAACUUCAAAUAUAUCCGUCCCCAGAAAGUGGUAACCAGAGCUCCUACAAAGUCAUCUAUGACGCUAUUAUAGGCACAGCCUAUUUAAACCGCACCAAGAGCCAGGAAGUCACGUAUGUAACACAUGCUACUCCCGAAUUCCUAUACCAUCUUGUAGAAAUAACUAGAUACUGGGAGGGGCCUAUCAGUAUUGCGGUAUACGUACCAGGCUUUGAUUUAGAUCUUACAAUGCAAAUAAUGCACCAGCUGUGCCACUGCUACCCAGGCAUGAUGAAGGUAUCGAUGCAUUUGUUUUAUCCAAAACGGUUCCCGCCACAAAUCAGAACUUUGGAAGAGAAGAAGUUAUCUCAGAUUACGAAAAAACCAUUGGAACCUCUAAGCAGUGAAGCAAUAUCAAGAUUAAUAAAUAAGAAAUUGGGUAAUUAUAGAAAGUUGGACAAUAGCACUAGGGGACAAUAUAUACAAUGGGUAAGGAAAACGAAGAUAGAACGUAUGAUGAAAGGGUUUCAACAAGAAAUGGUGGUUCCCAAUUUAGACUUCAAAGAUUGUUCCGGUUUGGAUAACUACAACUUCUCGACGUAUCGAAAAGUAAAAUUCAUGAUGUAUCCUGUAAACGUUGGCAGAAAUGUUGCAAGAAAUGCAUCAAAGACUAAUUACUUCUUGGUCUCAGAUAUAGAGUUGAUACCGAGUUACGGUUUGGCGCCGAAGUUUCUCAAAAUGAUUAGAAAGCUUAUGGGAGACGAAAAGAGAGAUGCUGGCUGUGUGUUUGCUAAGACGGUUUUUGUUGUGCCGUUGUUUGAAGUGGAAAAAGACGUGAUCAUCCCACACGACAAAGCUUUGUUAGUACAGAUGGUGCAGAAAAAUUUGGCGAGGUACUUCCACCAGAAGUUGUGCUCUCAUUGCCAACGGUUUCCUGGAUUGCAGACGUGGUUAGCGAGACCAGCGCGAAAUGUUUUAGAGCCUAUGCUGAUCUCCAAGCGGGAAUAUCCUUAUCAUAGAUGGGAGCCUCUCUACUUCGGGACUAAUAAGGAGCCAUGGUACAGCGAGAUGUUGACAUGGGAGGGACGCCAGGAUAAAAUGACACAGAUAAUGGAGUUGUGUCUCCAAGACUACGAGUUCAAGAUCUUGGAUGGAGGUUUCCUAGUCCAUGGCCCCGACAGUCCUGCACUGCACGGUUCCCAAUUUAUCCCCAGAAAAUCACUGUACAGUAAUUCCGUGAAGUUGUAUUGUAUUAUCAUGUACUUCAAGGAAAAAUAUAACGACAGAUCGAAAUCAAUGUGCUUAUUAGAAAGUGAAUACUAA